AUGAUCUCGGCUGAAAGCAGGAAGAAACGAUUCAGUUUGAAUGGCCCGACGAGCAAGGCCCAUGAUGAUCUUUUUGCCAAAGUGCCCUUGGGCUCAAGUGGUAAGUAUCUCAAAGAAUCAUUCCCGGGCGUUUCUGCCGCUGGGACUACGCUUUACGUCUUCAUCCUACUGCCCGUUUCUUGGAUAUUGGAGAACUAUGCAGAGCCUCAGCCGCUUCCUUGGGUUGUGCUUGCUACUUGCCUUGGCAGAGGCUGUCGGCCCGAGCUCAGAGCAAUGCCGCGGCGACUGCCCAGAAGACCGUGCGCGGCG